UCUCCAUGGCUUCCUUUCUCUACAGAACCGACGGCUCUGUUCAUGCAAACCAUAUACAUGUGGUGUCACAAACGAGAUAUUGUAUUAGAGUGAACAUUUAAACCAUUUGUGUUUUGAUUUCUAACAAUGGGAAUUUAGAAACCACAUUGUCAUUCCCGUGUUGCGAGCAGCGUUAUCGAUAUUUCAGAAAUUUAAACUUUUUAGUCAGGAGUGAUUAUUAUGUUUACAUAUACCGUUUGUAUUACGGCACAUUUUAUGAUUUGGAAGUCACAAAUUCAUACAAACGAUGAAAAUGCUACCUACAAAAUAUAAUAAACAGCAAAAGUGAAGUUCACUACGAAUAUUCGUCUGUAAUUAACAUGAUUAAUUAUACGAUUAAAAACGGAAGAUAUCACAAUUAUUAUAUUAUAAGGAAUCUUUGCACGUCCAGUAAAUUUAAAAAGUUAAUUGUGCAUGAUUUAUUCCUAUACAGUCUGCACGUAACAUAUCUCGUUUGUGACACCAUAUGUAUUUGGUUUGCGAAUCAAGAGAGGCCGAUUCUGUAGAUAAGAAACGUGGUGGAAAAGAAAGAAGCGUUUUGUUCUGAGCUCGACGGAAGUGGUGACACCACAUAUAUGAAACUAACACAGGAGCUAGAGCAGUCAUAUAAAAUUCUGAAUUCCACUACACUGCUGACAAAACUCCCUACUCUGGAUAAUACUAGUAGUUUUUUGAAAAGAUCUAAUAGUAAUGAUAUUGUACAAAGAAAAUUUACAUUUACUCAUACAUUUGGACCAGAGAUUAAUCAAUUGGAACUGUUUGAACAAGCUGUUAAACAGCAAAUGGUGGAUUUUUUAGCUGGUCAGUAUUCAACUAUCAUGACUUAUGGCACAACAAGUUCAGGGAAAUCAUUUACUCUACAAGGGAGUAUUACUUCUCCUGGUAUUAUACCCAGAUGCUUAGAAUUUGUUUUCUCUAAUAUUACUUCAAAACCGUCUCCUCCUUACAAACCAGUGAAUCAUUGUGAUGUUGUUAGUUUGGAUCCUCUCGAACGUGCUCAAGAAUUAGAAAUGAAAACGAAAGUGCUAACGUUUGCUUUGAUGGAUAAACAAUACUAUAUUAAUGCUUACACAGAAAUGCAAAAGUUAUUACAAGAGGAGUCACCAAUCAGAUCCAGUCAAUGCAUUGACACGCAUUACUCAGUUUGGGUGUCUUUUGCAGAAAUAUAUAAUGAAAUUGUCUACGAUCUUUUGUCGAAUGAAACUCAGAAAAGAAGAACUCCGCUGAAAUUAGUUAAUGAUGCUCAAGGUACAGCUUUUAUCAAAGGACUGAAAACUGUAUGUGUCAAUUCUGGUUCCGAGGCUUAUCAGGUUUUAAUGGCUGGACAAUAUAAUCUAAAAGUAGCUGCAACAGCUCUAAAUGCAAGAAGUUCUAGGUCUCAUUGCAUAUUUACAAUCAAAUUAUUGAAGUAUUAUGUUGAGAAUGAACCAAAUGCUGUUGAAGUUAGCAUAUUUACCUUCUGCGAUUUGGCUGGUUCGGAACGUUUGAAAAAAACAUUGAAUAUUGGGGACAGAUUAAAAGAAGCACAAAAUAUUAAUACAAGUCUAUUAGUAUUAGGAAAAUGUUUAAAAACGAUUCAUGACGGGCAACUGUCUAAACAAAAACCAGAACAUGUUGGUCCAUUUAGGGAGUCAAAACUAACAAGACUGUUUCAAAAAGCACUUUCUGGUAAAGAACGUAUGGCAUUGAUAGUGAAUAUCAAUCCUUUACCUAAUUUGUAUACAGAAACACGAAAUGUUUUGAAUUUUGCU